AUGGCUGCCGCUGCUCCCAAGCCCGUGUCCAACAUUGCCAUGGCCUUUGGGCGAAAGGACAGUGGACAUGCUACCUCUACCGGCACUCUGCCUACGCCCCCUAGCUCCAUUUCUCCCACGCUGCCUGCACACAAGCGACGCCCCAUGCCUGUGGCUGGGCGCGUCCAUACACCAGAUGAUGAGUCUAUGGAAAUAGACCUUCAGGACGCGGUGGAGCACGCGGCGGCCCAGGACCAGCCCUCUGCUCUUUCCAAGGAGGCGCUGGCCGGCCUCGACGCGACGCGCCAAAUCACUGCGCUGAUGCUGGCCAAGCACCACCUGCCAGACAUCCUCGUCGGCCACGGCGCAAUGCCCAUCCGCGAGAUGAUGGCCCAUUUGACUCAUGUUGUGCCUGGCUUCUCGGGACUCCCCCCAGCAAAGGCUCGCAGACUAGUCGUAGCCGCGCUGGAACACCGCGCGGGCGGCGGCCUUCACGGCGAGGUCAAGUUUGAAAAGGUCGGCUGGGGGCGCUGGAGUGUGGCAGGCUCUGGCGCAAAGGCUCAGGGAGUACCCAUCGGUGGCAAGCGCUCUGGAAAUGGGCAGACGCCGCCGGACAGCGUCGAUAGUACAGGAGGUAGUCUGCAAAUACCGAGGCUGCGACAGGAACGUGACGUUUACGCCGGUAGCUGGAAUGCGGGCUCGUGGUCACCCCACCGUCAGGAUGACGACGAAGAAAUGGCGGACCAGAUGUCGCUGGACGACUCUGACGACAGUUCCGACUCUGAUUCGGCCUCGGACAUGGAGCUGGAAGAAGAGUUGAAUGACGACACGGAUCAGGAAGACUGGGCGACCAUGGGGCCUGAAGCUCUUCGCGAGACCCGCUGCGGUCCGCGCCGAGAACACCGUGACUACAACUAUCUAAGCCGAACUCAGACGAGCAACCCGCGCUACCGGAAUUCAUCCGCCCAGGCCCACUCUCUGCCUCAGCACUCGCUCGCGCGCACUCAGACGCCCACCACUCUGCAUCACCAAUCUUUUCUUGCUCCUCACCAUGCAUCCCGCGGUAAUCACGCCGUGAACGCGGGCUCUUCCCUCACGACUGUUUUCAAUGCAUCCUCUAUGACUAGUCCUCUUACCGGUUCCGGCGCUGAGCGUGACGCCAUCGAAGCCCUCAUCGCAAUGGGUUCUAUGUAG